AUGUCAGAUGGAGUGGAAUGUCCUUCUAAUGUUAACAAGUAUAACACUGCUCCUGGUACUCCAAUAAUCACAGGGCGGAAUUCGACAUUUCAAGGAAGUGCAGGAAGUCUGACGUGUACAUCAAUUGGUGGUAACCCGGUGCCAACAGUUACAUGGUACCGGAACGACUCUCUGGUAGAUGCUACAACAGACACACCAACAGUAACAAACAUUACAAGUAACACAUAUAGCUAUACAGCUGACAUUGGAUACCACCUGGCUGUGUUUGAAUGUCGGGUUGAUAAUACAAUUUUACAGAGCUAUUUGAGUGCAACAAUCUUCCUACAAGUAUACAAAGAACCAGAUCAACCAACGUUGAAUGGACCAUCAACUGUAAUAUCUGGCACUACUUACGAAUGGACUUGUAUCAGCAGGGGAGGGAGCCCCGAACCCAUAAUUACUAUGACGUUAGGUGACAUACAGUUAAGCACUGGUAUCGAACAAACAUCAGUACAGCUGUCAGAUAACACUUUUACUGUUACUGUCGUACUAUCCUGGGCACUAAACUUUAGUAGCACCAAUAACAAUGAGACGCUUAGUUGUAAUGUAAAGCACGAGCAACCGCAACCGAGAGGUGAUGUCGUCCAGAAUGCCAGUCUCCAGUUAAUAGUUUUACCACGCAUACCAGUAGUGACUAAUCCUCAGUCUGCCUAUUCAGAAACUAGAGGACAGUCUGUUACUUUACAAUGUACAGUUUUUUCACCCGACACCGCACUUCAGUCUGUGUCUUGGAUCUUUAAUAAUGGUGCUUCUACAAAUAGCAUUACACAGUCGAGCAAUGCAACAAAAUAUACAGGAACAACAACUACUACGCCGUCUCUUACCAUAACAAAUCUGUCAUCAACUGAUGUAGGAACCUAUACAUGUACAGCUACGAAUACUGGAGGAACCGGAAUCAGUAAUACAAUCUCACUCAGCGUCACAGGAAACUUUCUUACUGUGACUAUUCCACAAUCAUCCUACAGCGUUUUGAUUGGUCAACAUGUUACCAUAUCGUGUAAUGUUACCGGAACUCCUACUCAGACUAACGUGUCCUGGAUAAAGGUGGUCAAUGGUGUUCCAACUGACGUAGUUAUUAAUGGUAGCAGUAGAUAUUCUGGAGGUACCAUUGCAGCUCCAUCAUUGACAAUAACAAACACACAAUUUUCAGACGAAGGAACAUACGUGUGCUAUGCUACUAACAUUGUUGGUACAUCUAACAGUCAGAACACAUUCUUAGACGUUACUGGAGGCGUCCCCAAUGUGACAAUUGGAGGAUCUAACUUCCAAGUUGAGGUGGGCAAUUCUAUAACAAUAGGGUGUACUGUUGCCGCCAAUCCAGUUAUGACGAGUUUGUCCUGGACCCAUAAUGUGAACGGUCUGAUAACUAAUAUAGGACCAUCAUCGAAUCCUAGUAAAUAUGGCGGAUCUACUACCGUAACACCAUCUCUAACUAUAUUUAACGCUGACUUUAGUGACGAAGGCACUUACAAGUGUUUCGCCACCAAUUCCGUAGGAACUGGUGAAAGUCAAGAGAUAUCUCUUGAUGUCCAAGGAGCAAUCCCAACAGUACAGGUUAGCUUUCCAAGCUACAAUGUAAAUUAUUUUAGCUCGAUCACUCUUAUAUGUUCCGUUGUUUCGCAACCUGCUGCACUACAAGUUUACUGGCGGAAGACGUUGGCUGGAACAACAACAAAUAUCGAUGUCAUUAAUAGUGGCGGGAAAUAUUCUGGUUCUACGAUUUCUACUCCAUCACUAACUGUUAUUAAUGCAGCAUCAAGCGAUGAAGCAAACUACACCUGCUUUGCAACAAACAGUGUUGGAACUGGACAGAGUAUAUCAAUCACAUUAUACGUUAUCGGCAAUAUACCAAGUGUAAACAUACAACAAUUGAUAUAUAUUGUUAACUAUGGCAGUACUGCUGUUCUUGUAUGUGCCGUCAUAGCAAAUCCAACUCAUAUUAACGUCUACUGGCGAAAGAUAAAGAAUGGCGUAACGACAGAUAUAAAUGUAGCUAACAGUAACAACAAGUAUAGUGGUUCCACAGUCAAUAACCCGUCUCUACAAAUAAAUAACGUUGAUCUAAACGAUGAAGCAUACUAUGUUUGCUUUGCUUCCAAUAGUGUUGGUUCCGGACAAAGUUCGCAAACGUUUCUAGAUGUCAUCGGAGCUAUUCCUGUGGUUAUCAUAUCUUCCAACAUUUACUCGGUAUUACUCGGCGAUACAGUGACAUUGCAAUGCACAGUCUCCUCUAACCCAGCUCAUACAUCAGUCACGUGGCAAAGGAUCAUUAAUGGUGUACUGACUACAGUGAUAGUAGAUGGAUCCAGAAUUAUUGGUGGCACUGUUAAUUCACCAUCUAUCACUAUCAGUAAUGCUGUAUCUGGUGACGAAGGAAACUAUAUUUGUACUGCUACCAAUGUUGUGGGAACUGGAAGCAGUCGACAAACAUUCUUAGACGUCACAGGUGGUAUUCCUAUAGUUACUGUUGGCCAGAGUCAGUACACUGCUAAUUACGGGCAAACUGUAACAAUGAUAUGUACAAUACAAGCUAAUCCAAUGGUAACAAGUGUUUACUGGAGAAAAUUUGUAAAUGGAAAUGCAACAAGCAUAAAUAUGAACAAUUUGCGGUACACCGGAUCUACUUUAGGUUCACCAUCACUGACUAUAUCAGCUUUGGGGAUAUCUGAUAAAGGACACUAUGAAUGUUCUGCACAGAAUAGUGUGGGUACUGGUAGUAGUGGCCAGACAUAUUUAGAUGUGAUUGGAGAUAUCCCAUCAGUACAGAUAUUGUCUAACUACUAUUCCGUGAUUUUUGGAAACACUGUUGUACUUGAUUGUCAAGUAAAUUCCAAUCCAUUGGUUACUACAGUAUUUUGGCAAAUGCCAAAUCGAACAAUUGAUAUGACUGCAAAUAACUUUAGCAUGUACAGUGGAUCUACAGUACAAUCACCAUCUUUGACGAUCAUUAGUACUACACAUGCAGAUAUAGGGGACUACGUCUGUUUUGCUACUAACGCUGUAGGAACAGGGAGCAGCAGUCAGACUUUUUUGGAUGUUAUAGGCAACAUACCCACAUUAAAUAUAACCCAGAGUGCUUACAGCGUAAACGUUGGUAGUCAAAUUACAAUUCCUUGUACUGUAUCAGCCAUUCCCAAAGAGACCAUUAUCUACUGGACUGUGAAAGUUGACAACAAUACAGAACAGACAAUAUCCAUCAUGAAGAAUACCCAGAAGUAUCAAGGAUCUUCUGUAAACUCCCCUUCAUUGAUCAUUCUCAGUACGACUCAGAGUGACUCUGGUGUUUACAGAUGUCAUGCUACAAAUAAUGUUGGUACUGGACACAGUAAUCCGACAACACUUCAUGUUGUGGGAAAUAAACCAACAGUCACUGUUGCACGAACUUAUUACCUUGUUGAUUACGGAAAUUCUGUGGAGCUAAUAUGUACUGUUAGUGCCGCACCCAUCCACACAGAUGUUUACUGGACUAGAAUCCAGAACGGACUGCCAGUGACCAUUUCUACAGUUAACACAGCCAAAUAUAGCGGUUCUACCGUCAUUAAUCCAUCUCUUACAAUCAGUAAUGUGGAUCAAAAUGAUGAAACUUAUUAUACUUGUUAUGCAACAAAUACAGUAGGAACUGGACAGAGUCUUCAUCAGAUCUUUGUAGAUGUAGUCGGGAGUGUUCCUGCAAUGUCUAUUCAGUCAAAUAGUUACAGCGUACUACUUGGACAGACAGCUACUCUAGUCUGCACAAUAUCCGCUGACCCACAAGCCACAAGUGUACAGUGGUAUAAAUAUAUAAAUGGAUUACAAACUUCUCUCCCAAACAAUGCUAUGAAAUAUAACACACCAACUGUUAACAGUCCUAAUCUAAUUAUCAACAGCGCUGCUCAGAGUGAUGACGGCUACUAUGUCUGUACAGCAACUAACAUUGUCGGAACCGGAAAUUCAUCUCAGAUUUAUUUAACUGUUACAGGAAAUUUGCCAAUUGUUACUGUGAUUUUACCAAAUUAUAACACUAACAUUGGUGCGACUGUAACUCUUGGUUGUACUAUAGAUGCUACCCCUGCUGCCACCAAUGUAUACUGGCAACGAAUUGUUAACAAUCUACAACAACCUAUUAAUACAACCUCCUCCAACUCACGAUACAGCGGUUCUACAGUCCUUAAUCCGUCACUUGUUAUCACUGACGUUCAACCUUUGGAUGAGGGAAACUAUAUAUGUUAUGCUACAAAUAUAAUUGGAACUGGUCACAGCCAACACACGUAUAUUAAUGUCAUUGGAAAUAUACCCAUAGUGACAACUCAAGAACGUGUCUACUCUGUCAGCAUCGGGGGUAACAUAAAUCUUGUGUGUACAAUACAAUCCAACCCUCCUCAUACUGUAGUCACGUGGCAGAAAAUAAAUAAGGGAGUCAGAACAACGGUGACAAUAUCUGGGAGAUUUUCCGGCGCUACAGUAAACAGUCCAACCCUUACAAUAUCAAAUGUAACACUUGACGAUGAAAGCUACUAUGUAUGUUUUGCAACCAAUAGUGUUGGAAACGGCCAAAGUCCGCAAUGCUUUUUAGAUGUCAUUGGAAGUAUCCCUACAGUAAUUAUAGCGUCGGACUACUACCGAGUAAACUACGAACAAAACGCUACCAUUGAAUGCAAUGUUGUUGCUACACCAGCAGAAACAAGUAUAUCGUGGCAGAAAAUACAAAAUACUGUACCUUCAACAGUAGUUAUAACAGGGCGAUACCAGGGUGGUACCGUGUCUUCCCCUAAUUUGAUUAUUAUUGAUGUCGACAAUACAGAUGAGGCAUUCUACAUAUGUUCUGCUACUAACAGUUUAGGAACAGGAUACAGUUCUCAGACAUACCUCGAUGUACAAGGAGAUGCUCCUUCCGUACAGGUAUCAUCCAACUAUUACUCAGUGGAAAUUGGUAUGUCUGUCACGCUCCAGUGCACCGUGACAGCUAAUCCAUCUCAUACAAACGUGACAUGGAACAAGAUAGACAACGGACAGCAAACAGAUAUAGGAUCAAACAGUAGAUACACAGGGGGAAGCAUUGUUACACCAUGGUUGACCAUUGCUGACGCUGUUGACUCCGAUGAAGGAUUUUACAUAUGUACCGCAGUAAAUGUAGUUGGAGAAGGUCAAAGUUCACAGACUUUUUUGGACGUUAUCGGAGGUAUAUUAACAGUCACUGUACCACAGGUAUCAUAUAGUGUGAAUUAUGGGCAGUCAGUACAGUUGGUAUGUAUUGUAACCGGAACUCCUGCAGUACAAACUGUGUUCUGGCAAAAGAUCACAAAUGGCGUUCAGAUAUAUAUUAAUUCUACCACUGAUCCAAACAAAUAUUCUGGAUCCACGAUAGGAACCCCGUCUCUGACAAUUCUUAAUGCUGACAGUAAUGACAUAGGAUCGUACUCAUGUUGCGCUACAAACGUUGUUGGAACUGGAGAGAGCCAACCAACGCAGCUUUCUGUAGUUGGCAAUGUUCCAUCAGUAGCUGUCGGACACCGAUAUAUAAUUGAUAUUGGAAAUUCUAUUAAUUUGACAUGUAUUAUAUUUUCCACCCCAUCAGCCUCAAACGUUCAAUGGAAUAGAAUAAGAAACAAUGUACCUUUUGCUAUAAACGUUGCCAGUAACCCAACUAAAUAUUCAGGUGCUACUAUCAGUACGCCAUCUUUGACAAUUUCUAACACUGUUGAAGGCGAUGAAGGAUACUAUACUUGUGAAGCAACUAACUCGGUCGGAACAGGAACUAGUACCCAGACAUUCCUAAUCGUGCAAGGAACGAUACCAGUGGUAACUAUUGCCCAAUCACAGUAUAAUGUUACUGUGGGUUCUUCCGUUACCAUGGACUGCACUGUAUCAGCCAAUCCUGUUCAUACCUUAGUUUCUUGGCAAAAAGUUCUAAAUGGAGAUGCAGCAAAUAUCAAUCUCCAUCAAACGAAUAAAUACUCAGGAUUUAACAUCACAUCACCAUCUUUGACUAUUAUCAACUCUGUCAUUGCUGACCAAGGAUGUUACACAUGUAGUGCCCAGAAUAGUGUCGGGACAGGUACCAGUUCACAGACAUGCCUUGAAGUAUUGGGAAGCGUUCCUGUAGUAACCGUACAACCCACCAAUUAUUCUGUCAAUGUUGGUUAUCCAAUCACAUUAAAUUGUAGUGUGGAUGCCUAUCCAACAACGAUACAUGUCAAAUGGACGCGUUACAUCAAUGAUAUAGCAAUGCAUAUGCAUAUUGCCAUGUCAAACGGUCGUUACGGCGGAAGUUCAGUGGCUUCACCGUCAUUGGUCAUAAGUGAUACAGUCAUGUCAGACGAGGGGUUCUAUAUAUGUACAGCUACUAAUGUUGUUGGAUCUUUUGAGAGUCGACCGAUAUUCUUGGAUGUUAUUGGAAGUGUUCCGAAUGUCACUGUUCCACAACCUAGAUACACAGUCAACAUAGGAUCAUCUGUUACAUUACAAUGUAUCUAUAUAGCUAAUCCAGAAGCUACCAGUGUUAUCUGGGAAAGGACGGUAGCCAAUCAGGUCAUAAUUAUAUCUUCAGCCUUCAGUAAAUACGAUGGUUCCACAACUCAGUCACCAUCUUUGAUAAUAAAUAACGCUGACGAAUCCGACGAGGCCAAUUAUGUUUGUAAAGUAACCAACAGUGUCGGAACUGGAAUCAGCGCUUCUACUAUACUUGUUGUAUUAGGCAAUAUACCUAUUAUUAUAACGUCUACACCAGCAUAUACCGUAACUAUUGGGGAGUCUGUUACCUUAACAUGUACCGUGACAGCUACCCCACAACACACUAGCGUAUACUGGACGUUUACAUCUGGAGGUUCAACAAUUAAUGUAAACAUUGGAGGCAGAUUUAGUGGAUCAUCAGUGAACGCAUCAUCCCUAACAAUAUCAAAUGUACAGUUAUCAGACCAGGGAACAUAUGUUUGCUAUGCUACCAACAGUGUAGGAACAGGAGGGGGUUUAAAUGUUAUACUGGUUGUUAUUGGCAAUGUUCCUAGUGUGAGUCUUUUACGGACAUUUUUUAUUGGUAAUUAUGGUCAAACAAUUAUACUUGGCUGCACGGUUUCUGCUUAUCCUACUGUUACAUCUGUUUACUGGCAUAAAGUUUCGGGUAGUACAACUUCUACUGUAAACAUGUCUAGCGCCAGAUAUAAUGGAUCAUCUGUCGAUACACCAUCCAUUACUAUAACUAAUCUCAAUAGUAAUGAUGCGGGAAAUUAUACAUGUCUAGCAGCUAAUUCUGUUGGAACUGGUCAGAGUAGACAAGGACCUUUAACAGUUAUCGGAAGCCUCCCUAAAGUAUCGAUACAGCAACCAACGUAUUCAACAAAGAUUGGAAAUACCAUCACACUAGUUUGUGAAGUGUUUGCAGAUCCUACUCACACUGCUGUUUACUGGACACGGCAGAGCAACAACGGCAAUACAGAAACGCUAAACCCUGCUUCCUCUACUAAAUAUUCUGGUUCAACUAUACAGUCACCGUCGCUGACUAUCUUUAAUGUAGUCUUAUCUGAUGAAGGCAAUUAUACAUGUUAUGCAACUAAUCUGGUUGGUACAGGUCAAAGCUUAAAGACGUUCUUUCAUGUUAUCGGAAAUGCACCUUUUUCCAUUGUAAUAAGACCAAGUACAAUAUCAGUUAAUGCAGGCCAGUCUAUAACAGCUACAUGUACAGCCGAAGGCAGUCCAAUAAUAACAUUCACCUGGUUUAAGGGAAAUUCAACUUCACAGUUUUCAAAUGGUUCUAUCCUUAACAUAACAUCCGUAAACCGAUCUCAUGCUGAAACAUACCAAUGUAGAGCUGCGAACGCCUUUGGAAAUUCAACCGCAACUGUUUCCGUGGACGUUAAAUAUAUACCAGAUGUAACUAUCACACAGCCGUCUCAAGGCGCUAUUAGACAGAAUAUUACAAUACAGUGCUCUUACGUUUCUAACCCUGAUUCUACUAAUGUUACAUGGAGUAAAGGAAACCAAGGCAUUACUCUUGAUGGUAGCAAAUACGUAGGGGGUAGCUUGUCAAAUCCUAGCCUUACAAUCACUAAUCUGACUGCUUCUGAUGAGGGGCCAUAUAGAUGUUCAGUGGUGAACACCGUUGGCCAGGGAAAUUCACCAUUUGUCAUUCUGUCAGUUGAUACAUCAGUUGCGCCAUAUAACAUAAGAAUAGUACCAAAAGGUAUUGUAGUACAAGAAGGUAAAAAUUUCACCCUUACUUGUGAGGCUGAUGGUGAUCCUGCUCCAACCUACCGAUGGUAUCAAAAUGACAAUAUUGUACGUGAAGGAGCUGUUUAUACCAUACGUAUUGCCAAUUCGACUGAACACGAUGGUUCAAUUCUGUGUGAAGCUUUCAAUUCUUUGGGAAGAAUAGCUGCAAAUGAAGAUGUUGUUGUUCAAUAUAGACCAGUGAGUACCGUUACACAGAUAAGUAUUACACAAAUUGAUGCUAUUACUGUCCGUCUGAGCUGUGACACACGUGCCAACCCAUCGGCUACUGUAUGGCAAUGGUUUAAUAACGGUAUCACCAUGCAAGAAACCAGCAAGGUGAUAUUGGUUGCUAUGGAUGUGACUAAUGCAGCUAGAACGUUUACCUGUAAAGCUACAAACAUUAUAGGACUAUCCCCUUUAAUCCCCUUCAAUAUUCCUGUAGUAACGACGACAGGGGUCUAUUGGAUCAGUGCAUACAGCUAUAUAAUUAAUGAUAUAAAUUCAUCUAAAGCAUAA